UGCCAGAGCUGAUUUUGCGGCACACCUAUAAACCAUAUAAUAUUCUUACCAGUUUCCCCAGUGCACAUGUCUAGAACGUUUGACAAUCACAAAGAGAGCCGACUCAAUGGCACACGAGGCACAGUCAUCGACAUGUCGUGGAGCAGCGACGGCAGCCAGCUGACAGCAGCUGAAUCCAAGGGCCACGUGCGGACAUGGCGCUUGGGACGCGGCGGGCACAAAGAAGGCGAAGAAAUCCGCACCCUGGGCAGUGACAUCGAGCAUGUAGCAUGGUGCACGGAGCCUGGCAAGCAGGGCAUCCUAGCGGCGGCCAAAUUCGAAAAGACCGUGCAUCUGUGGGACAGCACCUCCAACAGCAUCGCGUCGUCGAUAGCAACCAGCGGGGCAAACACAGCCUUAGUGUGGAGCCCGUCAGGAAAGUACCUGGCAGUCUUGAGCCGUGAUGCGCGUAUAGAGAUUUUUGACGCAGCCAACCUGGAGGCGCCGGUAGUGACCUUGGAGACCGAGGAGACAGUGCAUAUGGUGAGGUGGGAUACGCGCGAGGAGCUGCUGCUGCUGGCGACGCACCAUGGUGCAGUUGAGGUGUAUUCGUGGCCAAAUGUGGAGCAUGUGCAUACUGUCGCCGCGCACGUCGCGUCGCUGAACUGCCUGGGCGUGGAGCCGCGCGGAGAUAUUCUGGCGACUGGCGGUGCGGACUCGUCGAUGCAGUUUUGGAGAACCGACGAUUUAUCAGUGUACAAGGCCAUUGAGGGGUACGAGUCGCCGCUGAGGCUGAUUGACUUUAGCAUGAACAGCAAGUUCGUUGCGAGCGCCUCGGAUGACGCCGAUAUUCUGAUUCAUGACGUGUAUUCGGGCGACAAAGUCAAGUCGAUACACAUCAACGGGCUGGUGACGGCAAUGGCAUGGAACCCGCGAAACCUGAUCAUUGCCUAUGCAGCGGAGGGAGCGGUAGGCCGGUCGGCCAGCUCGAUGGUGGCGAUGUUCGGGCCGGUGGCUAAAUGAAUAACGUAAUAGGUAGUUCUGUAUUUACACUUGAAUACAAAAAGACUGAUAAAGGUGUGAGGAGAAAAUGG